AUGGCUGAGAGGACCCAGAAGUUCUUAGCUGGCUAUGGGAUCAAGUUUCUGCAUUCCAGUCCCUAUUAUGCUCAAGCGAAUGGCCAGGCAGAGGCUAGCAACCGCGUCAUUCUGUCUAUACUCAAGCGAAUGUUAGAUGCCAAUCCGCGAUCGUGGCACCUAGAGUUGGAUCACACAUUGUGGGCUUACAGAACUUCCAAGCGUACUCCAACUGGUACUACCCCCUAUGCAUUGAUGUAUGGCCAUGAUGCGGUCCUUCAUAUGGAAAUUAAUGUUCAGUCGUUGCGGGUUCGCGAACAGCACCAGCUGAUUGGGGAAGACUAUGUUCAAGCUAUGUUUCAAGAACAUGACGACUUGGACUUUCGCCGGAUGGAAGCUCUUGAUAGCCUUAUUGCUGAAAAGAAAACGAUAGCACGACUUUAUGACAAACGAACGCGAGGACGCAUCUUUGGAGUUGGUGACUUAGUUUGGAAGGUUUGUUUGCCUUUUGGUGAACGAGUUGAUGGUCGCGGUAAAUGGUCUGCUAAAUGGGAAGGUCCUUAUGUGAUUGAUCGAGUAAUGGGCAAAGGCGCCUACUACCUUCGCGAUACUGACGGGAAUGCUCAUCGCAAUCCCAUGAAUGGUCGCCAUCUUAAGAAAUACUUUCCUAGUGUUUGGGAAUAUAAAGAUCCACCGACUGCGGUGCAAGCAAUAUAG